AUGGUUUCAUCCUUGGAAGACAGAAACAGUUACCCGCAAAGUUCCAUGAACAAAAAUAUUUGUACAUAUGAAUAUCCGGUGAUACAGUACAUGCGUAACUAUAGUGAACGAUUGUAUUUGCUUCCGUCAACGCAGUACUUCAUCGAUGUUCAAACUAUAACAAUCGAAAAUAGGUCCAAAAGCUCAAAUUUCAUGGAAAUUUAUACACCUUCAACUGCACGUUUUGACGGAGAAUUGAACGCCACAGUACAUAAAUCUAAUUUUUCUAUUUUAUUAAAUAUACCGUUUGUUGCGAACGAUACGCUAGGCAGCAUAUUGCGCGUUAUAGUAAAAGGUCCUAAAUCGCUCUGCGACCAACAUUUGGAAUUGUCUAAAUAUCUUCGAGAGCAAGUUGGAUUGAAGAUGAACGAAGUCGCUUGGCAAGCUGCUGAAGUUCCGACAUAUUAUUUUAAUAGAAAGUAUCAACAACCUACUGAAGAGAUAAUGCCAGAUGUAAUAAGUCAUCAGAACUCUGAUCAUGAAUACGAGUCGAUAUCCGCUGUAUCAUAUUCAGAGCAAGAUAUUUCAAGUAUUGCUGACAGACAAUCCUUAUCGAGUGAAAUUAUUUCGGAAGUACUGCCACUUGCCAUUAUAAAUGACAAUAAAGAAGAGGAGAUAUUGUCAUCUUUAGUCAAAGUAGAAGAUUUCGAAGAUUAUGUCCGGCGGGCAAUAGAGUCGAACUUAUUGGAUAAGCAAUACAAAAUGCUUCCAGAACAAUCACAGCCAUGCAAUUACGGAAAAUUGCCGGAAAACAAAUUUAAAAAUAGAUACAGAAGUGUCAUAACGUAUGAUAAAACACGUGUAAUAUUGCAAAAACUUCCGGACAAUGCUUACUCCGAUUAUAUCAACGCUAAUUACAUCAGUGGAUAUAAAAUAAAUAAGCGUUAUAUAGCAACACAAGGUCCUACACCGACUACAGUUUCCGAUUUUUGGCGCAUGAUUUGGCAGGAGAAUGUUCAUGUUAUCUGUAUGUUGACAAAUGUUGUUGAAGAUGGUAAGAUAAAGUGCGAGCAAUAUUGGCCGGUUGAUGAAAAAGAGAAGAAAUACGGAGAUAUCAAUGUAUUAAACGUGAGGCAGAAUGUCUUUGCUGAUUAUUGUUUUAGAACGUUCUUCGUCACAUAUAAAGAGGAAACUCGAAAAGUACAACAACUUCAUUAUACGGCUUGGCCAGAUUACAAUAUGCCUUUGUACACGCACUCCAUAGUUACAUACUUGAAUAAAUUAUCGGCAAUAUCUGAGAACAAACCUGUUGUAGUUCAUUGUAGUGGUGGCAUUGGAAGAACCGGUGUUAUUAUAUUAUGCGAUAUUUGUCUCCGUCGUGCAAAAGUUGAAAAGAUGAUCGACGUUUUCGCCCAAACGGCGUCCAUGAUGAACGAAAGGGCGAAUAUAAUAAAUAAUACACAACAAUAUCUACUAGCACAUUUGAUAUUGAUUGAAUGCUUAUUUUCUGUUCCGAUAUCCACUUUAUAUUAUUUUCUAUUCCAAAAUGGAUAUUACGAAAGUUUACCAACACGAAUUGAGGAAUUAAAGGAACAAAUACCAAUUCUUCAACAGAGAUUACAGCAUACCGCCUGGCGAGAUAAGGCUCUGGGAUUACUCUCUACUCAAGUUACUCCUUUACCGUCAUUGUCGGAGCGUAAUCGAGCCAAAAAUAGAUUUCCGGAAUUGAUUUCAAAUAUGUCCAAUAGAAUUUAUUUAACAAGAUACCCGGAAUGGGAUGAGAAUAGCGAUUAUAUAUCUGGCGUUUAUGUGGACGGUGUAACACUUCAGAAACAAUACUUAGCUACACAACUUCCUAUGCCUUCAACGUUGAAUGAUUUUUGGCGAAUGAUUGCCGAGUUCAGAGUUAAACUUGUCCUUAUGCUGCAACCACCUGAUCUUCAAGAUACCACUUGUUGCGCAAUUGCCCUUUUGGGCGGUGAAUUUAAACCAAUUCCAUAUUUGAGCAUUACGGCAAAAGAAGUUAUAGAAACAGAGUAUUAUUCGAAACAGAAAUUCCUGCUUGUUGACAAUUCUGAGAAACCUUCAAGAGAGCAAUUUGUAACUAUAUUGUGUUUAACGGAAUGGAAACCUGGAAGAAAUCAAUCUCCACCGCCGGUUACAAUGAUGGUGAACUUUUGGCUAAUUGCGAAAAAUUAUGCAAGAGGCAGUGGGCCGAUUGUCACGCUUUGCCAUGAUGGAGCAUUUGGAUGUGGUCUUUAUUUAGCGUUGAGUUUUUUAUUAGAACGAAUGACUGUCGAAAAAGAAUGCAAUGUUUAUAUAGCGGUGCGAGCUGUCAAACGAUCGAGACCAGAUUUUGUUCUUUCUUUGGUAUGAUAUCAAAUUUAUAGCAUUAGAAAAUUAUUGAAUUAAGAAUUUUAUCAAAAC